UUUCUUAGAAGCGCCUGCGUGCCAACCCCAUCGAUCGAUUAAUGCAGUUGUAAUGCGGAAGAUUUAUAUUUUCGUUAAAAAUCAGUAAAACAAACAAAGUUCCAUCAAAAGCCGUCAUGUCGACACAAUAAUAUCGCAUCCACAAUACGUAUUUGAAACCGAAUCGGUUACGCUAAUGGAUUUUCUCUGAAAAUGAGUCUUUUGCAAGAAUUCGGAAACUCUUGCGUCCACUGGUCGCUGGGUUUGACCUUCCUUGUGGGCCUCAUCGCCUCAGAAACCUCCGGUGUUGUCACAGUUAUUGCGUUACCUGUUUCAGCCCUGUCCGUAACAUUAUCAGCAUUAUGUGGCGCGUCCUUAAACCCGACUGACACAUACAAGAAACGAAAAUUAUGUGAUAUUUUAGACUUUUUCCAAAUCUGGAUGGAGAUUCUAGAAUUUCUAGCUGCAUCAGCUACCUGUGCUAGGAUUGCUAGCGCUACUAUAGACUAUAUCAGCAACGAGAAAUUAAGAGAGUGGUUUCUAGGGAUUGAAUCGCACUCGUUGGGCGAGCCCUGGCCUGAUAUUUUAGGUGUUUCUAUUGUUAUUGUUGUCAUUGGAUUAUUUAUGAUGGGGCUUGAGAAAUCGCCCUUUUUUACCGCCCUUCUGUUGGUGGCUGUGUUAGUGACUUUUGGGUUUUUUGCUUCAGUUGGCUGCUUCGAAACCGUAGUGGAUUUAGCAAAGUGGAGCCAGGAUUUUAAAACGUGUACAAUGCAAACGGUGAUAUCAGGGGCAGCUAUGUGUUCAUACGGCUUCAACAGUUCUUAUCAGAAAAUCACGAGACACAGACUUAUCAAAAUAGUGACAAUGGUGUUUUUUCCGUUAUUCUUGUACAGUUUUACCACCGUAGUUUUCACGUUGAUGUCACACUCCAAGGAACUGGCAGGAACAGCGACCCCUAUGUUGCGCGUUUUUGAACUUCGGGACGUCGAUUGGGCCCGUUUAGUAAUGUCUAUUUGUAUGAUUUGUACAAUGUGCCUCGCCUUGACGGAAAUUUUCCCCUCCUUGUAUUCACUAUUUGAGGUUUUGGCGAGUAAAGAGUGGCAAAUUUUUUUAGCGUCUUUGAGGUACAGGAACUCGUUUACGGGGGCCCCCCUUCUGGCGAUUUUUUCAGCAGGCAGUCUGAGUGCCAUUCUGGCCUUUGCGUGUCCACUGGCCUAUCUUGUUAAAAUUUUAAACGUCUCGACUCUCCUCAAAGCCAUCGCGAAGUCAUUAUUGGUGCUAUAUUACUACUACCGGCCCGAAUUUCGCAACGAGUCCUAUUUAGUUGCUCCGAGUAGCACGCAGUACAGCAAACUGCAAUCGAAAAAUCAAAAAGAAACGAACUUGAAAAAUAAAAUUACGGGUAUAAUUUCGGGUUGGAAGAAAAAUGUCUCGCCGAGUAGAGCCAACAGGAAUCGAACUCCAAAAGAAGGGACGACGCAAGACGAUGAGUAUUUGCUCCUGAAUGAGUAUUGUGAUAAGUCUGAUGUUGUUUUAAACGAAGUCAGUUCGGACGAAGAUGAGAAAGAGUCAAUUGUUUCGAGCGAUGUUGAAGAUUCGUACAGUUCGACUGAUGUUGAUGUUGCAGUUCAAGAAUACAGGGACAAAAUACAAGUCGCAACGAUCGACAACUUCAACGAGAACAAAUACCCGACGUACGUGACAGCGACGACUGUUGUAAUAUUUUUGAUAAUUAUAACCAUCGCGACAAUAAGUUUAUCGCAAGUGUUGAUUUGGAAAUUUUACAAUUUAUUAUGGCCGUGUUUUACCGUUUCGGUGUUUUCGACUCUUAUUAUUUUAGUGAUGCCUCAGAACUUAUACCAAUCAGAAAACGGUUUGUUACCUAAAUCGGUCACUCCAUUAUGCAAUCUAAUUGCGAUUCAACUGCAUAUCAUUUUGGUGUCCACGAUACUGGACGAGGUCUGGCCGGGAAUUGUUUUUUGGGUCAGUGUUGGCUGUCUGCUUUUUUGGCGAUGCGAUUGCUGCACCUGUGAUGGACUUUUUCCCAACAAUAACCAAAAAUCAAAACUGAACAUCACUGAGAAUUUCACCGACAAUUAUGUGGACACGAUUUUAAUCAGUAGAUGACAAGAUUGUGACGAAUACGAAGACGCAAAUUUUAUUUUUGAAUCAGACGAUGAAAACAAUUAAAUUUGUAUGCGAUUUUGUACCGUGUUACACUAUGUAGAAAUUUUAGAGACAUAGGGAGAGUAUUGAUUGCAAUAAUGUGCAAUAAAAUAUUUGCUUAAAAA